UGUCAGAUAGCAAACAUGGCGGCCUCCAUGGCGAAAGCAGGAGCUGUUCGUGUCCUGUCGAGCAUCAUUCACGGACUCUCGUUAUCGGUCGCUGUUCGGCAUCCCUCACGGUGUUCGGUCAAUGUGUGUCCUGCAGCCUUCAUACACACAGGUCCAGUCUCAGCAUCAUCUCUUUCCUCCGCUGUCACUGUUACAGAUGAAGCAGACACACUCUAUCAGAAGCUGUCAGUGUUGGUCAAAGGUCAUGAUAGAUCAGUGCUGGACAGCUAUGAGUUUUUUGCCUCUUUGGCCGCCCAGGAGCUCGGUCUCGCUCUACAGAAAGUAUUUGAGCCACCUAAGCAUAUAGAUAAGUUAACACUGCUAAAGUCGGUUCACAUCUUUAAGAAACACAGAGUGCAAUAUGAGAUGAGAACACAUUACAGGUGUAUUGAGAUUUCUAGAAUAACCGGGUCAACUGCACGGGUUUAUCUGGAAUAUAUUGAGCGUAAUCUACCCGAGGGUGUCAGUAUAGAGAUCACUAAGACUGCCAUUGAGAAGAUCCCAGAACACAUCCAGAAACCGCUGUGGGAAGACAACAAACUGGAGCCGUCCAGUCCAUGAGGGUCAUAUGAGGAGACGUCUGUCAUGAUAUAACCUGCAGCAUUUCAAAGAACUCCGAACCGACCCAAGGGGAACCUGAUCUGAUCUUAGAUCAGUGCUGUGUAUGUGAAUAAAGGCCUCGAGUUAAGAUGCAUGUCACACAUACAUUUUUAUACAACUAACAUAUACAUUAAAAACUGUAUAAACACAGAAUGGGUUUUGCUCUUUUUAUUUUAUGUCAAAAGCAUGGAUGAAAUCAUUUAUUGUAAUAAAAUUCAAUAUGUAAAUGA